UACAACCCGAUGAGAUACUUUUAAAUUUUCAGAUCACGUGAACGCGCUACCCCUGAAUUAUUUUUUCUCUCUUUAUUGCUCCCAUCUCGACCAUCUGAGCUGAAGAUACUGAUCUAAGCUCGAUAAAUCUACGCGAAAGAAGAAGGAGGAGAUUCUAGGGCAAUAUGGGAGAAACAGCAGCGAGUGUGAUGAUGAAGCUGGCGGCUAUGAAGGCCGCUAAGAAUCAGAAAGCAGCAGCGGCGGCGAGUAAGAGCUCGGAGAGUACAAUCAAAGCCGAGAAGAGCAAAAGCCAGACGAAGAAGGCGCGCGGUGAUGACAGGAGCACCGACAAAACUUCGUUGAAGAAGAAACGAAAGGCAGAAGAGGAGGAGGAGGAGGAGUCUGCGGCGGAUGUCAUGGAGAGAUUGCGGAGGAUGAAGGAGAUGAAGAAUAAACAGUCUGCUGUGGGAGGAGGACAGAAGAAAGCGCAGGAUAAGAAGAAAAGUGAGAUGGUUGAUGGGCUGAGGAUCAUUAGACCUGAAGAGGAGGACGAUGAUCUUAGCGAGGACGACUUUGAUCUGGACGAUGAGGGUCUGGAUGAGGAAGAAGACGACGAAGAAGAGGAAGACGACGAAGAAGAAUCAUCACAAGACGAAGAAGAUUCCGACAGCGACUCGAGCGAAUUCAACGGCUUUGACGACGAAUUCUCCAGCACCAAACCGACCUCUAAAAAGACGCAUCCGACAACAGACGCGAAAGAAGAUGACGAGUCGGACGACGAGCCGAUUGUUAUUCGCUUCGACGGCACGAAAUCUGAACGGCUUGCGAAACCUACACCGAAGGAGAAGCGGAAUUUCAUGUCUCAGAGCGUUCCCAAAUCGGACCUGCAACUCGAAAAACAGGCGCUGCUCAACAAACACAAAAACAAAAAACACAAGCAAGGCGACGACGACGCCAACGACGACGAACUCAACCUCAAGCACGACCUUGCUCUGCAGCGGCUCAUCACCGAAUCACACAUCCUCUCAGAAGCCAACAAGCACGGCGGCCUGUCGACGAUCGACGGCGGCGAUCUGAGCUUCGAUCCGAUCGGCAAGACGAGGUUGAAGACGCUAGAUGCGCGGAUCGAUAGCUUGGCGAUUAAAAGUAGCGCGCAGCAUGGCCGGCUGAAACACGAUUAUUACUCGCUGAAUCCGCAGAGUUUGGCGGAGAAGCAGACCGAGCGGUUUAACAAGACAAAGAUGCCGAUGCAGAUGCGGAAGGGCAUGAUUCAGAAACAGGGCGAGCGCAAGACAAAGUAUGAAAAGGACGCGAAGGAGGCGGGUAUCGUGCUUCCUGUGGCGCCCAGGACGGGAAAGAAGGCGAACGAAAAGAAGAGAGAUCGCGGGUUAAAGGUCUCGAGCGUGGGGAGGUUUACGAAUAGAGGUCUUGUGUUGAGUAAGAGGGAUAUGGCGAGUGUAGUUGGUAGGCCUAGUGGACGUGGACGUGGACGUGGACGUCGCUGAUGUCGGGUCUUAUGAGCAGU